AUGAUUAAGUUGCAAGUGAAAGUUAUUUCUUGGCCUCUUAUAAUUUUAACAGCAUUUUUACGCGUGCUGCAAAUUGAAAGCAUAAAUACCAAUUUUCUUGAGCUGGCAGCCUUCGAGGACUUUUUGCGUUCAGAGCACUUGAGCCAGGUCCUGGUCGUCCGCGGAUAUGAUGCUGAUGGCGAUGGCGAUGGUGUUGGCGACUGGAGAAUUGAAUGCCACCAGAAAUUGUUGUCCAACUAUCGUGUGCAAUUUUACCGGCCAGGAAUGUCGGCGAACUUCGAGGAUCUCGUUUUCCACGGGUCUCCGCGCAUGGCGGUCCUGGUGCUGAGUUUCGAGCAUGUCCUUGUGAGGAGCCGGGUGCUCGGGGUGGCCUCUGAGGCCGGAUACUUCAACAACUCGCUGGCAUGGUUUAUUCUCGGCUCUAGCCGUGAAUCUCUGGCAGAUGAGCAGCUGAUUGAGCGGCACUUGAGUGGCUACGGCAUGGGCAUUGAUGCGGAUAUCACGGUAGCCCUGAGGGGUCAAGAUAACACAUUUUGGCUCCUAUAUGAUGUGUACAGAAUCAGUCAGCGAGUUCCAACACCUCUGAUAAUCGAAAAGAAGGGAAAAUGGUCUGUCUCUGGAGGAUAUCAAGUCCUGGAAAAGUUUAAAGACACCUGGGUAGUUCGGAGGCGAAACUUCCUUAAUGUCACUCUGAUAGGCAGUACUGUGUUGACAGAAAAGCCUCCUGGAUUCGAAGACAUGGAAUACCUGGCGGACGAUAGGCGCCUCCUGCAAUUGGAUCCCAUGCAGCGGAAGACCUAUCAGUUGUUUCAACUCGUUGAGCGCAUGUUCAAUCUCAGCUUGGACAUCAGAUUCACGGAUAUGUGGGGCGAGUUGCUGGAGAAUGGCAGCUGGUCGGGAGUGAUGGGUCAGGUGACGAGUGGCGCGGCGGACUUUGCAGUGUGUCCCAUUCGCUUUGUGCUGGACAGACAGCCCUACGUCCAAUAUUCGGCGGUGCUGCACACCCAAAACAUUCACUUUCUCUUCCGUCAUCCACGUCGCAGUCACAUCAGGAACAUAUUCUUCGAGCCGUUGAGCAGCCAGGUUUGGUGGUGUGUCCUGGGCUUGGUCACUGGAAGUGCUCUACUUUUACUGGUUCACCUGAGGCUGGAGCGGGUGCUAUCCCACGUGGAGAACCGUCUGUCGUUCGUUUGGUUUACUAUACUGGAAACCUAUCUGCAACAGGGCCCUGCCACUGAGACCUUCCAACUAUUUUCCACUCGACUACUGAUCAGCCUUAGUUGCAUAUUCAGUUUUGUGUUGAUGCAGUUUUACGGCGCAUUUAUAGUCGGCUCCCUACUGUCCGAAAGUUCGAGGAGUAUUGUAAGUCUGCAGGCACUAUAUGAAAGCAAUCUGGUGAUCGGGAUGGAAAACAUAUCCUACAACUUUGCCCUUUUUACCAACACCAGUAACCAGCUGGUUAGGGAUGUGUAUGCAAGGAAAAUAUGCAAACCUGGGGAGCACAACAUUCUAACCCUGCAGCAGGGAGCUGAAAGGAUCAUCCAAGGUCGCUUUGCAUUCCACUCGGCCAUCGAUCGGUUGUACAGGCUGCUUUUGGAGCUUCACAUGGAUGAGGGUGAGUUCUGCGACCUCCAGGAGAUAAUGUUCAACCCACUGUACGAAGCGGGAUCCGUAAUGUCCAAGGGCUCUCCCUGGAGGGAGCACUUGGCCCACGCCCUGCUCCGCCUUCGAGCUAGUGGCCUAAUGCAAUACAACAACAAGAAGUGGCUGGUGCCCCGGCCAGAUUGCAGCCUGUUUAAAACCUCGCAAGCAGAAGUGGAUCUGGAGCACUUCGCUCCGGCGCUUUUUGCCCUGGUACUCGCCAUGUUGGCCAGUGCAAUGGUCUUCUUGCUGGAACUCUUUCUGCACUGGCUUCCGGACCUUCGGUUGGGUUGGGCGCCAUGUCCACUUAAGUAA